AUGGGUAGACUACCAAAGAAACCAACCAGUGAGCUAGGAACAGGUGCUGGGAUUAACGCUGUGAGGCGCCCAAGAGCCAUGACGGAUUCUUCUUCAACUUUGUCUAAACCGUUCAAAGUACCAUUCAAAACUAGAUCAAGUGCCAUAUCUAGUGGCGGGAAACCAGUUAGAUCUGCUAGGCUCAAAGGUCCAGAAUCUUAUGCUAUGAUGUCUGUUGAAGAUGACAAGGAGAAUAACGAUAUGGUGGAUAUAGACGGUCAAACCAUAAUGAAGAGGAAAAAUGCACUAAGUUUAAGAAGACUUAUCACUGAUAAUAAUUAUGGGUCAACUAUGGAAACAACUUUAAGAAGAUCAUUCACUAGUCCCCUGGCUUCUAAACCAAAUGCUGCUAAUAUAUUACCACCACCUCCAUUGGGAACCAAGAGAAAACCAAUAAUGGUACCGAGACCUUUACAUGAUCCUUCAGAUGAAUCUGCAAUUGUUCUUUAUGAUCCUACAGUGGAAAAAAUCAUUAGUGAUGAUGAUCUUGAAGCUUUAGAUAAAGCUAUUGCUGAGGCAAAGGCUAGAGAUGAGGGUAAAACUUUAGAAUGCUCUAUUGAAUUGGAAGAGCGUCCUUCAAAGAGAAGAAAUGUUCAUAAAUCUUUAAAUGAAAUAUUGGGUAUAACUAAAAAUCCUGAAGAUGAAGGUAAAAAAUUCCCUGAUGUUCCAGUUAUUAUUGAUCCUAAGCUUACCAAGAUUUUAAGACCUCAUCAAGUUGAAGGUGUUAAAUUCUUGUAUAGAUGUGUUUCAGGUCUUGUUGAUCCAAGAGCUAAAGGUUGUAUUAUGGCUGAUGAAAUGGGGUUAGGUAAGACUUUACAAUGUAUUGCAUUAAUGUGGACUCUUUUGAAACAAGGUCCUAGAGGUAAGAAAACAAUUGAUAAAUGUAUUGUUGUUUGUCCAUCAUCUUUAGUUAGAAAUUGGGCUAAUGAAUUAACUAAAUGGUUAGGUGAAGGUGCUCCAACUCCAUUAGCUAUAGAUGGGAAAUCAACAAAACCAAAUGAAGUGGGGUCAAGUAUACAACAAUGGUCUUUAGCUAAGGGAAGAAAUGUUGUUAGACCAGUAUUAAUUAUUUCAUAUGAAACUUUAAGAAGAAAUGUUGAAAAUUUGAAAAACACAGAAAUUGGUUUACUUUUAGCUGAUGAAGGUCAUAGAUUGAAAAAUGGUGAUUCAUUAACUUUUACAUCACUUGAUAGUUUAAAUUGUAAAAGAAGAGUUAUAUUAUCAGGGACACCAAUUCAAAAUGAUUUAUCUGAAUAUUUUGCACUUUUAAAUUUUGCAAAUCCUGGGUUAUUAGGUACAAGAAUUGAAUUUAGGAAAAAUUUUGAAAUUCCAAUUUUAAAAGGUCGUGAUGCUGAUGCAACUGAUAAAGAAGUUGAAGAUGGUCAAAAAAAAUUAGGAAUGUUAUCAACUAUAGUUUCAAAAUUCAUUAUUAGAAGAACAAAUGAUAUCUUAUCAAAAUAUUUACCAUGUAAAUAUGAACAUGUUAUAUUUGUUAAUUUAUCUCCAAUGCAAGAAAAACUUUAUCAUCAUUUCAUUACAAGUCCUGAUAUUAAAAAAUUAUUAAAAGGUGUUGGUUCACAACCAUUAAAAGCUAUUGGAUUAUUGAAAAAACUUUGUAAUCAUCCAGAUUUAAUUAAUUUAGAUGAAGAUUUUGAGGGUUCUGAUCAUUUAAUUCCCGAUGAUUAUAUAAACUCCAUUACUGGUGGUGGUCGUAAUAGAGAAGUUCAAACAUGGCAAUCUGGUAAAUUUUCUAUAUUAGAGAGAUUUUUAGCCAAGAUUAAAAAAGAAUCAAAUGAUAAAAUUGUGUUAAUUUCAAAUUAUACACAAACUUUAGAUUUAAUUGAAAAAAUGUGCAGACAUAAUCAUUAUGGUAAUUUAAGAUUAGAUGGUACUAUGAAUAUUAAUAAAAGACAAAAACUUGUUGAUAGAUUUAAUGAUCCUGAAAGUCCAGAAUUUAUUUUCUUAUUAAGUUCCAAAGCUGGUGGUUGUGGUAUUAAUUUAAUUGGUGCAAAUAGGUUAAUUUUAAUUGACCCAGAUUGGAAUCCUGCUUCAGAUCAACAAGCAUUAGCAAGAGUUUGGAGAGAUGGACAAAAGAAAGAUUGUUUUAUUUAUAGAUUCAUUACAACAGGUUCAAUUGAAGAAAAAAUUUUCCAACGUCAAUCAAUGAAGAUGAGUUUAAGUUCAUGUGUUGUUGAUGAAAAUCAAGAUGUUGAAAGAUUAUUCUCCACAGAUAAUUUAAGACAAUUAUUUCAAUUUAAUAAAAACACUAUAUGUGAUACACAUGAUACAUUCCAUUGUAAAAGAUGUAAAAAAGAGGAUGGGAAACAAACAAUAAGAUCAGAUGUUAUGCUUUAUGGUGAUGCAACAACAUGGAAUCAUAUAAAUCAUAAAGGAUUAAAAAUGACUAAUGAUCAUUUAUUAAAAAAUGAAUUUGAAUUCAAUGAAAUUAGUUAUGUUUUCCAAUAUAUUUCACAUGUUUAA